AUGAUCCUGUCAAAUGCCACAGUCAUAAUGCCCUUUCUGACCAGACUGUGGCCGGAAGUGGUUCCUCAGGGUGGCAACGUGUCUGCCCUAGCCCGUAGGUCCACCAGCAGUGGUGACAGUCGACUGGAGGUGCUCUACAUUCUCAUUGUGCUUGGCUUCUUUGGCUUCUUCACUCUGGGCAUCAUGCUGAGUUACAUCCGCUCCAAGAAGCUGGAGCACUCCAACGACCCCUUCAACGUGUACAUCGAGUCAGACGCCUGGCAGGAGAAGGACAAGGCGUACUUCCAGGCCCGGGUUCUGGAAAGCUACAGAGCAUGCUAUGUCAUUGAGAACCAGCUGGCUGUAGAACAGCCCAAUGAAUACCUUCCUGAGACGAAGUCUUCCUCCUGA